GGAAACAACACUGUACAGUGUUUUCCGUAGUCAUCGUUGAAUAGCUGGGCAACAGCGAAGAGUUGACUGCAUAUACGUUUACUUGUUUGCCUGUUUAUUAAGAGACAAAAUGCCCCUGGAGAAUCUGGAGGAAGAGGGUCUGCCUAAGAACCCCGAUCUGAGGAUAGCUCAGUUAAAGUUUCUGCUCACCAUGGACGGCCACCGACAGGACGAGAAAGUGAAGACCGAGCUAAUGGAUGCUAUCAAAGCUAACAAUAUGGCUCCGUAUUACGAGGGCCUCUGCAAGGAGCUGAAGUGGCCGCUGGACUCUGAGCUGCUGAGCAAAAUGAAAAAGGCCAACGGGGAGGAGCUGAAGCGCCUGGAUGAUGUUCUGGAGGAUGCGGAGAAAAACCUGGGAGAGAGCGAGAUCCGGGAUGUCAUGAUGGCUAAAGCGGAAUAUUUGAUCAGAAUUGGAGAUAAGGAGGGUGCUCUAACAGCUUUCAGGAAGACGUACGACAAGACGGUGGCUUUGGGUCACAGGUUAGACAUUGUCUUCUACCUGCUGAGGAUUGGGCUCUUCUACAUGGACAGUGACCUCAUCACGCGCAACUCAGAAAAAGCUAAAAGCCUCAUCGAGGAGGGGGGAGACUGGGACCGGAGGAACCGUCUGAAGGUGUACCAGGGUCUCUACUGCGUGGCCAUCAGGGACUUCAAGCAGGCUGCAGAGCUCUUCCUCGACACAGUCUCCACCUUUACCUCAUAUGAGCUCAUGGACUACAAGACCUUUGUUACUUACACAGUUUACGUCUGCAUGAUUGCCCUGAAAAGGCCCGACCUCCGUGAAAAGGUGAUAAAAGGAGCAGAGAUUCUGGAGGUGCUGCACAGCCUCCCUCCCAUCCGCCAGUAUCUUUUUUCUCUGUAUGAGUGCCGUUACUCGGUCUUCUUCCAGUCUCUGGCCCUGGUGGAGCAGGAGAUGAAGAAAGACUGGCUUUUUGCCCCACACUACCGCUACUAUGUGAGGGAGAUGAGGAUCCAGGCCUACAGCCAGCUGCUGGAGUCCUACCGCUCCCUUACGCUGGGAUACAUGGCCGAGGCCUUCGGCGUCAGCACAGAGUUCAUUGACCAGGAACUGUCCCGAUUCAUAGCCGCCGGACGUCUGCACUGUAAAAUUGACAAAGUUAAUGAGAUCGUGGAAACUAAUAGACCUGAUAGCAAAAACUGGCAGUACCAGGAAACAAUCAAAAAGGGCGACUUGCUGCUCAACAGAGUCCAGAAGCUGUCGAGAGUCAUUAACAUGUAACUGUGGCGGCCAUCUUUAUUUCAGUGAUGGAGAGUUGCAGUUUUCCUCUUGGUAUACCAACCCUGUUAUGUCUGACAAAGUGGCUUAUAUUGUGUAUAUAAUAAAACCAGUUUACCUAUAA